GUGCGAGCCGCUCAGUGGUUGCGAGCAAAUGCAAGGCUAGCAAGCUCGCUGGCUUGUGCUCAAAACGUGAAGACGAGCGACUGUGAAUGAAACGGUGCCUGCUGCUCCAGGGCGCAGAUUAGAGUACCGUACCUGGUGAACGCGGGACGCGUGCUACAAAAACAAAUUAAACACACAAGAGGAACAAAAAGCAACAACAAAUCAAUUACACACUGUGCACCGGCUGCGGAGACCAGAGCCAGCUUCGAGUCCCGGAGCCGGAGCGGAGUUGUCCCGUUUUCUGAGCCGUGCUCCGGAGCCGGAGCGGAGCUGGAACUAGAGGUGCCGGAGCCGGAGCGGAGCUGGAACUAGGCUCACCCGAGCACUCCACAUUCCCUCAGGAGCUGCGCCACAUCUUCCUGCUUUGGACAUUUUACAUAAUAAAUAUUCUUGACAUAUUAAGUUUAAACAUUUUAAUGAAUACAAUACAUAUCUAUAUGCAGUAGAAUGCACACACACACUCCCCAAAUGCAAUUUCAUAAUUACUUUAAUGUUCUGUUUACACUGGUAUAAUACACAAGGGGAAUACAGUGUAAAUAGAAAAUAUUUAAAUUGCUGGAAAAACUGGCUUUCACAAAAAUAGCCCUCAUUGCAUGGGAAAUCCUUUCGGCUUGAAAAAGAUGCAUCGCUUUACUUACUAUCAUCUGGAUUCACGCAACUACAGUUUUCAUUGUACUAACUUCUCUGACAGGCAGCACAGCGGCCUCAAUGACGAUUCAAUUCAAUAUUUUAAACAUGUGGUAGAUUUAAUCUGGAAGGACAUCUAUUUAAAGGAUACAAUGCAAUUGUGCUAUAACAUAGAUUCUAAUCUACUAGGCGAUGAUUUUUGGUUUUGCCGGCGAGCCUUAUAUAUUAUAUUACAAUAUGGAUAGGGGAUUUCCAGAAACUCGAUUGAUCGAUACGGGCCGUACUCCCCGGUAAGAACGUCAAUGUUAGUAUCAAUCAAUCAGACUGGUUGACUGGAUGUUAGUAGCCUUUAAAAAUGCAAUAUUCGCAUAUGUAUGCCUUUUUCUGAUGGAGGAAAGAAAAUCUCUUCUAGAUCUAGUGCACGGCCUCUGAAAUAUACAGCUUUCACGCUCGCUGGUACAUUUUUACCUUGUAACUUAAACCGUGAAAUAUACACAAAUGCACGAACAUGCACUCAAAUACUAUUAAAAAACAAACAAACAAACAAACAAAUUCUCGGCACCUAUGCUACUUGAUCCUUCCUCGUAAUGUAUAUUUGCACACUUUCCCCUCUACCAGAUAUAGCCAAUCCAAUACAACAUCCUCUAACCUUUUGUUGACUCGAGGGUUUAGUGAUCCCUGUACUUGUUUCUGAUAACCCCGGAGAGACUUGUUUUAACACUGUUGAAGACACUCUGAUUAGACCACAGCUGCUGCAUCAUAACCUUGUGCAUCAGCACCAUUUCAGCACUGCCCAGUGCCAGCCUGGCUGAGGAAUAUUGUAAAGGUGUUGCCAGCUGUUUUCAGUAUGUACCACUGUAAAACGCGGUGCACGCUGUGCCAGGAGAAGCUUGGUGACAAAACCGAGAAAAAGACACCUGGAAAGACAUCACUCUACAGUUUACAGCAGAAUACUUCAGGAGCAAGAAAGAAUGGGAAAAAAACGCAGCCGCAGCUCAAAGAUUGUUUUGGAAUGCCACCUGGAAGUUCAAAAUCACGUCAGAGAAACAACGGCAUGUUGACAGUGCUACCCUGGACUGGAUUACUCUUCACCCUCAACCAGUUAGGACUGUAGAAUCGCAAGCGUUCCGAUAUUUGCGGGGAAUGCUAGCACUGAUUGGACAAUGCCCACUGACCAAGCUGUGAAGAUGAACGCGCAGCCUUCCAACAGCAUGAUCCCAGACUGGGGAGUGGACCUCUCUCCCAACCAGGACAAAGGCGUGUGCAAGCUGAUAAUAAGGCCUGGAGAUGAAGCUGAGUACCCCAUGAUUGGAGACCAGGUCUGGGUCCACUACACCGGGAAACUGCUGAGCGGGGAGAAGUUCGACUCGAGCCGGGAUCGCAACAAGCCUUUCACCUUCAACCUUGGCAGGGGGCAGGUGAUCAAGGCGUGGGAUAUUGGGGUUGCCAGCAUGAAGAAAGGGGAGGUGUGCCAGCUGAUGUGCCAUUCGGAGUACGCCUACGGAGUGUCCGGGGGCCCCCCCAAGAUCCCCCCCAAAUCCACCUUGAUCUUCGAGGUUGAGUUGUUGAACUUCAAGGGAGAAGAGCUGACUGAAGACGGGGGUGUUAUUAGAAGAAUAAAGCAGAAGGGGGAGGGUUUUUCAAAUCCCAAUGAAGGGGCCAUUGUGGAAGUUCAUCUGGAGGGGCGCAGCGGGGGGCGUGUGUUCGACUCGCGGGACGUCCAGUUUGUGGUGGGCGAGGGGGAGGACCACAGCAUCCCCCUGGGAGUCGACAGAACCAUGGAGAAGAUGCAGAAGGGAGAAUGCUGCCUGAUCUACCUCAAACCACAAUAUGGGUUUGGGGAGGAGGGAAAGCCAGAAUUCCACAUUGAGCCAAACGCAGAGCUCAUCUACCAAGUGACGUUGAAGGAUUUUGAAAAGGCCAAGGAAUUGUGGGAGAUGAGCAUAGAGGAGAAGCUGGAGCAGGCUGUGGGGGUGAAGCAGAAAGGCACGCAGUAUUUCAAGGCAGGACGCUACGUGCAGGCGAUGAUCCAGUACCAGAAGAUCGUGGCGUGGCUAGAGAUGGAGUGCGGGCUGGUGGAGGAGAAGCAGAGAGUCGUGCACGACCUGAUCAUGGUGACGCAGCUCAACCUGGCCAUGUGCCACCUGCGGCUGCGGGAGUAUACACACGCCGUGGAGAGCUGCGAUAAGGUGAUUGAGCUGGACAGCUCCAAUGAGAAGGCUCUGUACCGGCGGGGCGAGGCGUGGCUGCUGAAGAACGAGUUCAGCCUGGCGCUGCGGGACUUCGGGAGGGUGCUGGAGGUGAACCCCAAGAACCGAGCUGCGCGAACGCAGAUCAGCAUCUGCCAGCGCAAGAUCCGCGAGCACCACGAGAUGGACAAGAGGACCUACGCAAACAUGUUCCAGAAGUUCGCAGAGCGCGACGCCAGGGUGAGGAAAACGAAACUUCCCAGAGAUGACAGCACCAAAGAGGAGAGGAACAACCCACCUGCCAAGCACCGGCGGAGAAGCAGAGAGCACCUGUGAGACUGGCAGAGAGGACAGUAUCCCAGGUCCACUCGCGAGGGUGAAAGGGGGCGCUGCAGACGCACGCUCACACACCCCCCCCCUUUGAAACCUCACAGCAGCAACAGCAUUCCCAAAUACAGACUCGCUUCAUCAGCCCCAGAGAGCUCAGAAACUCCUUCUAAAUACUAUUGUUAAUAAUAUUAUUGUUGUUGGUGUUAGGUAAAGCAUUUCAAGUUAUUACAGAUACUUAAGCACAACUGCUGAAAAAAAGAACGGUCCAGACUUUUUUUUUUAAUAUAUUCUUAUUCCAAUAUCCAGAAAGACACUUGAGCAGAAUGAAGACGCGAGUGUGCCAUAGAGUCGCCUGCUGUUUUCAGUAAUAAAGCAUCACACAGUCCAGGAGAGAAGCCUCUCCUAACCCCACGAGGGCAGAGAGGGAUUCGUAUCCAGUUUAAGUCUCACAUGCGAUUCUGCCCCAGGGGGGCAGCCUGCAUGGUUAAACGUGAGACCUGGCAAGAGAAAAUGAGGACACUUUCACUGAGGCUGCCUCUCCCACACAGCGGGGCAGCAACCGAGCUGGGACUCCAAACCACUGCUCCAGCGCCCAGCCCUCCACCCACACCAUUAGGCUAUACACAACUUCUCAUGGAUGAGACGUGCCAGACAGCACAGCACAGAAGAGACUGGCACACCUGGGAAUCUUCAGAGCACCUUGACUGAAUGUUUGGCUGUUUCAUUAUUAUUAUUAUUAUUAUUAUUAUUAUUAUUAUUAUUAUUAUUAUUAUUAUAACUCAUUCCAAAAGAGUACAACAGUUAUCACCUCCAGGCAGCAAAAAAAACAAGUGCUUCAGAAACAGCACUUGAGUGUUGGCGCUCACUUGAGUUUUUAAUGUUUUAAGGUUGGAUGUAAGCAAUGUUAUUAAUUAGAAAUUAACAUACUGAGCGUUUAUCUCUGGGUUCGACACUUUUUUUUUUUGAUUCAAUAAAAAAAAAAAAUGCUGCACAGAUUAAGUGUGAACUUCAGUUAGUCACUCACUAGAGGGCGCCAGUGGGAAAUUACUAUUACCAGUACUGUAUUAGGAACUGCAUUAAGAACAUGAAUAGAAUAAGUUUAGGGGUGGGUGUAUUAGCUUAUUUGUACUGUAACCAUCCCCUUGUCAUUCAUUUCUAGGCAAUUUAAAUUGCUGCUAGCUGCACAGUGUUCUGUAAACAACACAGUGCAAUACAACGAACAAAAAGGUGUUUUGCAAUAGAUUUCAGUGCAUCCUGUAUUAACAGAUACAAGCGCACAGUGUGAAUGAGACGCUUUGAAGCAGUUCCUUAUGCUCCUCAUAACUCAGCAGUGGCACUGCAAAUGAAUUUCAAGUCACACUAUAGACUUUGCAGGCGCCUCACCCGGGCGGCAUGCAGGGCAGGGCUCUACAGGUCAUUGUGGCUUAAAUAGCUGGGCUGCAGGGAGGUUGCAAAAUUCAAUUCAAACUCUCUUACAAAGUGGUAAAGGCCAGUCAGGUCAGUGAUUUAAUCCCCCUUAUUAUUUUAACCGGAGGUGCAGUUCUUCAGUUUUGAACACAAACAACAGUAAAUGCACAUGUUCUUUUUUGGAGAAGAUGCAAAAUGCCAAGAAAUGAUCCAGCAGAGGAGUGGAGACGUUUGUCAGAAUGUAGUGUCCAGUGUUCAGACAGCGGGCCCAGGGGCCUGAUUUACAAGACUGGUUCCUGUCAACAUCUUAACUGUUUUAAUGGGUUUUUUUGUUACCAGAUGUUCUUUUUGUUUGUUUGUUUUUUAAUUUUCUUGCUUUAUUCCAUUGUUGUGUUGAUUAUUAAAAGAUACGUUUGGUUGA